AACGCCGGCUUCCGAGUCCUCUGCAGCCGCCGCCCCUGCCGCUGCCGCCCCGCCCUCCGUCUCGACGCCGCGUCGUCGUAGCUGCAGCCGCCGCCAUGGCCUGCCGGCCACGAAGCCCACCGCGGUACGGGAGUCGCCGCGACGGCGGCGUCAGCCCGCCGUCCCCUACGAGAUGGAGCCUCGGACGGAAGCGCAGAGCCGACGAGAGGCACCGGAAGCCCGGGGACGCCGAGGAGGGCGGGCGCCUGGCCGCUGACCGCAGACCCGAGAGUUUUACCACUCCUGAAGGCCCUAAGCCCCGUUCUAGAUGUUCAGACUGGGCAAGUGCAGUUGAAGAAGAUGAAAUGAGGACCAGAGUUAACAAAGAAAUUGCAAGAUACAAAAGAAAACUACUCAUAAAUGACUUUGGAAGAGAGAGAAAAUCAUCAUCGGGAAGUUCUGAUUCAAAGGAGUCUACAUCUGCAGUGCCAGCUGAUGUGGAGACAGAUGAAUGUGUCCUAAUGAGAAGACAGAAGCAGAUCAAUUAUGGAAAGAACACUAUUGCCUAUGAUCGAUAUAUCAAAGAAGUCCCCAGGCACCUUCGACAACCUGGCAUCCAUCCCAAGACCCCCAACAAAUUUAAGAAAUACAGCCGGCGGUCAUGGGACCAGCAGAUCAAACUCUGGAAGGUGGCUCUGCAUUUUUGGGAUCCUCCAGCUGAAGAAGGAUGUGAUUUGCAAGAAAUACACCCUGUAGACCUCGGGGAAAUGGAGACAGAAUCCACGGAAAGCAGCUCCGAGUCCCAGACCAGUUCACAGGAUAACUUCGAUGUGUACUCUGGCACACCCACCAAAGUUAGACAUGUGGACUGCCAAGUGGAGGAUGAAUUUGAUUUGGAAACUUGUUUGAUGGAACCCUUGAAAGAUUUCUCAGCCAUGAGCUAACUGCCACCUGGCGGCCACCAAGAGAAACAGUUGCCUCCACCUGGCCAGCAGAAGGCUGGCCAACCAUGUGCUGUGCACUUGUACUUGGAUGGUUUCUCUGUUAAUAGUUCAUUAUCUCAUGAUCAGUUGUUGUACUUGCCUUAUUUUCUUAAGACAUAGUAAUUUUAUGUAUAGUGAGUAUGUUUUGCAUGUUUUAAAUUGUAAAUGGAACUGAAGCCAAGCCAAGAAAAACUGAACAUGAAGCAACCUUGCAACAGACGUAAUUGCUUAGUGCCUGCCGUCCUCCAAGUCAGAGUGACAAGUGUGCCUUAACUGGUACUCCAUAGGCGUCUUAGGCUUCUAGUUGCCACUUGUCAAGUGGGUGGGUUGUGGACUUAACCAUGUGUGGGAUCAGUCUAGAGUCAGCUUUCUUUACAGGCACCUGACAACUCUAAUGAUUUUGUGGAACAUUCUCUGGCCUUUUACCAAUAUGUCAAAGUAGGUGGUUUUCCUCAUACAGAGCUCUGAAGAUGUCGAAGAUGUUAACUGGAUUGUUAAUGGUUUUUAUGUAAGCUAUACAGUCUUUAAUUUGAACUUGUAAAUAACCUGUAAUACUCUUGAGAGUUAAGGUAAUAGAGGGAUUUAGAACAUUUUUCUUAUGAUCAGUUAAUUCCAUGUAAAAUUACUGUAAAUGAUAAUGUGUACAGAUUUUCUGUUCUGAUAUUCAGUUGUAAACUUGUCAAGACUUGUAUUUCUAUUGCUUUUGUAUGGAAUGAUGUUGCAAAAAUAAAAAGAACCUUCUGUGACUGAUUUAUAGUGUUGCCACAUGGGCUAACUGCCCUGAUAAACAGCUCUGUGUGAGGAGGAUGGGAUAAGCCUCCUUAUGUGCCUGACAAGCUUGCGUGGCAAGUGUGGAGAUCUGACAUGGAAUCCUGGUCACAUGCCAAUAUAGAGCCCGCCUGCUCAGUGUGUGCUCAGCAGACAAGCACAAGAAGCCAGCAACCCGGCCAGAGUCUGAUGCUAAUUCAUUAGCACCUUGUGUGGCAGCCCUUCUCUGUGUCCUAUGUCAGCCUGGAACAGACAGCAUUGGACAGGGUUGUCCUGUCCACGGCCUGUCUUCCAUAGCUGGAGCCUUGAAACCUGGCAGCUCUGCCUUUGGACGUGGCCGUCAGCCUAAAGC